AUCGUUGACAGUUGCUGAGACGUUACUUGUGUUGUGUAAGCGAAUUGCGUUAAAAAUAAUAAAUCAAAAUGCCGAAAAAACUGAAAGUAGUAGUAAAAUCAUUGUAUUCGCACGAAAUCCGUAAAGAUGUUAGCUUGGAAAAUUUAAAGUCUCUCAAGUUAGAGGAUGCUUGGCCGUUUAUCAGAGACGAAAUUGAGAUCGAAAUCGGCAGCAGUCAGUUGGUGUGUAUUCCUCAUAUUACCGAAGCGGAUUUGUAUAAAGUUACAUCCCUGUUUGUACCAAAUGAAAAGGAAACGAACGGUAAAAUGUUCACGCCACUCGGUGAAUUGGUGAAGAACAUUAAUAAGGAGAAAUCAACCGCCGAACAUGUGCAAUGGCUUGAAGAAGGUGACUUUCAAGAGCGUGAAUUCAAAUUUCCCCAUGAAAGCGUAAAGAUCACAUUGCAAGAUGAAGCCAUUAAGAACAAAGUUAGGGUAAUCAUGGUGAACUUCACAAGGACCAGGGUUCCCAGGGACAAGGAUCUCGUCAACAAUAUCUAUUUGGACGUUGAAAAUAACAAAGAUUUGCAAGGCAAAAAGUCUGUCUACAUGAUCACAGAUGUGCUCAUGGCGAAGACUAUUGAAUUCAGAGUGACAAGGGGCACAUCAUCUAGGAUAUUCCACCUAGGAACCGCAUCACCCCUCGUUUUUGGACUGGAAGAAUUCCUGAUUGGUGAUGAUGGAAAAUUAAUUGCUAAGGAACCUGUGACGAUCCAGUCUAAGUCUCUUCACUGGAAGAAAAUCAGCCCUUCAGACCAUCUCUUCAUCCCGUCUCAAGACACGGCCUGCAAAGUAUAAUCCGCUAUUCAUAGCACGUGGCUAAGAUCCGCAAAAUGUUAAACUGUCGGUUGUAUGGUAGAACAGUAGAACUGUAACACCUUAUAAUAGCAUAAACACCAGCUUUUAAAUCAAAUUGCCUGAUGCUAUAAAUUUAGCUAAUUAUUCUACAAACACCACAG